CGCCCUCACGUCACUUCCGGGACGCUUCUUUCGUGGAGGCUUGUGGGUAGCCGGCCGGGGUCUCCUGGCGACGACGAUGGCGGGGGAUGUGGGCGGUCGCAGCUGCACGGAUUCGGAGCUGCUGCUGCACCCGGAGCUACUGUCCCAGGAGUUCCUUCUCCUCACCCUGGAGCAGAAGAACAUAGCUGUUGAAAAUGACAUAAGAAUAAACAAAGACAAUCUCACUGAUCUUUAUGUUCAGCACGCAAUUCCGUUGCCUCAAAGAGAUUUGCCAAAGAAUAGGUGGGGGAAAAUGAUGGAAAAGAAAAGAGAGCAACAUGAGAUGAAAAAUGAGACUAAAAGGACUAGCACUGUAGAUGGGUUAAGGAAAAGACCCCUCAUCGUGUUUGAUGGAAGUUCAACAAGUACAAGCAUCAAAGUGAGAAAGACAGAGAAUGGCGAUAAUGACCGGCUCAGGCCUCCCCCUCAGGCAAGCUUUACCAGUAAUGCCUUUCGAAAAUUGUCAAAUUCCUCUUCAAGUGUUUCACCCCUAAUUCUGUCUUCCAAUUUGCCUAUGAACAAUAAAAUGGAACACAAUAAUAAUGACACUAAACAGAACCAUGACUUAACGCAUAGGAAAAGUCCUUUGGGUCCUGUGAAGUCCCCACCUUUGUCCCCUGUUGGAGCUACUCCUGUGAAGUUAAAGCGAGCGGCCCCUAAAGAAGAAGCUGAGGCUGUGAAUAACCUGAAGCCCCCAGAAACAAAGAGGAAGAUACAGCAUGUUACAUGGCCCUGAAGGAAAGUUUCCAAAAAUGUAAAUAUAACUGUAACUGUAGUUUUUCAAGCAAGUUCGCAUAUAUUGACAGUAUUUACAGAGAUCCUGAUUAUUGUGGAAUUUUCUUAAGAGGCUUAAAAUUAGGUUUGAAAAAAAAUAGUCUUUCCUUUCCCCUUCCUUUUUAUUAUUAUUAUUUUUUUUAAUUUUUGCCUUUUGUGCCCUUACUAGGAAAAAAUUUCUUUUUAAACCAGGUGACUUAGUGUAAGUCAUUUAUAUUGAUCCCAGUCAAUCAUUAGCUGCAAGUCUGAUACAAAGCAUCUGAUGAAUUUUAGGAAUUAUUUUAAUUACUCGGUUUCAGUAUUUGGGGGAAUUUGAGGUUUUUGUUUAAACCCAAAAUAUUUUAGAAGUUCACAAUUUUUAUUUAUUUUCCGUAGCAAAAGAAUUUAACAGUUUUUCCCAAUAUUUUAGUAAAUACUGCCAAACUCCUCCUUAAGGUUCACCAAGAAAAGCAUAUUUGUAGUGCUGCCAAUAAACUAUUCCAAAUAUACAGAUGAAAUUGCUGUUCUUGAAGUGCUUACAUUACUUUUUCCCAUAAAAACCAAAAAGGGAAAUCAGUGCUUGCUAUUGUUCCUUCCCUUGAAGUUGUAACAGAAUUGGUGUAUUAGGAGUUGAUUGGUCAGUCUCACAGCUGGUCCACCCUUUAAGAUGUCCCUGUCAUGCAGCACUCCUCACUAUUUUCAUGAGCAGUCUUUGAUCUUGCUCUGGGAGCUCAGGUGUCACUCCUUCCUAGGAGCUUCAUCCUUUCCAAAAGAAGCCGACUUUAAAAUCUUCAGGUGAUGUAGUCAUGUUCGAGGUGGUAGCUUAUGGCAGAAGGUUUGGCAAAUAGGAGGAGGGGGGUGGAGUUCCAGCACCUGAGAGAGUCCGGGAGGGAUAGUGGUGAGAGGUGGGAUGCCUAGCAUGAUCUGGAGUAGGCAGAAGAGGAGAUGCCGACGCCGGGAGUCACCGCAGAGUGACCUCGUAGGAGACAAGUACCAGCCGGAUGGGGGUCCCUGCUGGGGUAACAGGCAGCUUCCCACAGGGCUGCCGCACACACAUCACCCACAGAGGUUUUGUGUUCAUGUUAAAGUAGUGUUACCGUCCCAGUCUGAUGGAAGUCGGUGGGAACAUACGGUAGACCUUCUAGCCACAUGUUCUCCUGUCCACUUUUUUGCCUUGUAUUUCUAACCAAGUGUGGAGGAUACUUUAUACUUUUUUCCUUAUAUGACUGAUCUUCACAUUGGGGUUCGCCUUUUCAUUAACUUUUUACAGCAGUCUCCUUCCUCUUCUGAUUUGUUAAAACAAGUAUUUUAGUUCCGCUAUUAAAUAGCCUUACAAAAAAUUCAUUCAGCCUGGGAGGUAAGUACUGUACUAAAACUUGAACCCUCUAGUUUUUAGCCAUUCUGCCUUUAUCCAGACUAUAAAUCUGUACAGAUAAGACAAAAUCGAUACAUACUAUGUGUUGCAUAAAUUACUGAUGUUACGCCAAGUGAGUGAAUAAUAGAGUUAACUGCACAGCUGAUAUGUUCAAUAUUAUUGAAGGACAACAGUAACCCUCCACGUAACUGUAUAUUAAGGGAUAUUUUAAAAGUACAGAUUUUAGGGUAGAAUGACAAAUUCUAUUUGAUAAUUCAGUUGUCCCUUCUGCUUUCAUCUGCGUUCCUCUCUUAGUUAAGAGAGAGUUAGCCAUUUGACGGUUUUAAGUCAGUGGAAACUUAUUUUAGUUACUCAAUAAAAUUAAUUUUUAAUUUGUAUAUUUAACUUACAGAGUAGGUUGGUAAUAACAGCUGAACUGUGUAACAUUGUUGCUUCAAAUUGAAGUUUAUAUUAUGAACAUUCAGAAUCAAUGCUCAUAGAGCAGCAUAUUAUUGAGCUAUUUUGAGUUUGAGUGUGGAGAAGUGCUAAACCACGUAAUGUGUAUUCCAUAAUACUGACAUCUUGGAGCACUGUGCCUUCUCAAGGUGCAUAGAUAUAGCUUGUCUUGAAAUGUCUUCAUCCACGUCAUGACGCGUCCUGAGUGAGGGGAAUCUGAAGCAGAAGUGUCGAGCAUCUUGGGUUUUGAAGGGUUGCUUUGGUGUGCUUUAAAGUUUGGAAGGACUCAUUUGGAGUGGCAGACAACUUUGGAAUACCGUCAGUGAAUUUUAGGAACAUGGGUUAAUGUUGUUGCUGUUGAUUUCAUGUUCCAACAGAGCCACCUGUUUUAUUAUCUCGGUAGGCAGCUAAGUGGUCGGGUCAGCAAGUAGGUUCUGAGGUGUACUUUCAGGCGCUUUACCACUUCCUGCCAUAGGCAGAGGUCUUCUUUUUUUUUUUUUUAAGAUUUUAUUUAUCUAUUUGACAGAGAUCACAAGUAGGCAGAGAGGCAGGCAGAGAGAGAGGAGGAAGCAGGCUCCUCACGGAGCAGAGAGCUCGAUGUGGGGCUCGAUCCCAGGACCCCAGGAUCAUGACCUGAGCCGAAGGCAGAGGCUUUAACCCACUGAGCCACCCAGGUGCCCCAGAGGUCUUCUUUUCUUCCCUUCUUCUUCAUGGCCCGUUUUCUUUUUCUUGUUCUCCUUUCCCAUGUUUUAACUUACUCUGCUUCCAUUCUCCAUCCUCCUUUUGCAGACCGUAAGUAUCAGGCUUAGGUUUGCACGUCAUAAUGCUUGGCCCUAUGCAUUCAUUGAGAAGUGAAGAUAGGAUGACCCCCGGUCCUCUUACAUUUGAGGGAUCACAGACUGCUGUGUGAAUUCUGGAAAUCUCAAGCCCCUGCAGCACCAAGGGCCCCGAAUUGCUUCCCCGUGGCUGUAAAGGCAGUACAGUUUACCACAAUAGCUUUAAUAAUCUUGACAGCUACCAGGCACUUUGGAAAGUUGGUUCAACUGCUACUAGGAGGCCAUAAUAUUUUUGCUAGAAUUAAAAUUCUUCAGAAUUGUAAUUAUUAUUUGAAAUAAUAUUUUGGUUGACUUCAGUUUUGAGAGAGGAUUCUAAAACUGGUCUAGAGACUCACUCAAUAGCAAUGACCUUUUUAAAAACUUACAUUAAGUAAAACUGCCAGUAGAUUAAAUCACAUGUAUGUAAGAGCUUUCUCUAUUUACUACUGCUCCACUUCAGUAAUUUUUAGAGGCUACAAAAUGGUCAAAAUGUUUUUAAGUGUGCUCUUUUAUUAAAUGCUUGUGCAGGUUUUGUAAUUCAGUACAGAAAGUUCAACCUUGUAAUGUACAUUUUUGUAUGUAAAAGGUCUUUGAAGUAGCCUUAUCCUUAUUUAAAUAAAUUGAAUAAAAUGA